AAUGCGGUGAUGCACUUUUUUACUACUUCCAUGUCAUGAAGAACUUGUAUCCAAAGCCGUAAAUACUAGUAAUAUCGAUUAUCCCUAGGAAUACAUAUGGUUGGCUACAGCAUUAAUUUGAACUGUGAUUUUGUAAAAUAUACCGGCACAUAGUAAAUUGAAAAUUGUUGUUAGUCUUUUACUACUUAAUACUUAAACAAACUGUUAUUUGAUAAAGAUUAGGAAUUGAAAGAAUUUUUUGUUUGAAAGUUUACAAGCUACCCACUUUGUUUCUUUUUUGAAGAUUAUUCUUCUUGGUUGACAAAAUGAGUAAGUAUUUCAAAAACAUUGAAUUAUUAUCUAAAGGUGUUCUAGAUGCUAUGGAAGUAAAUAAAGAUGAUGCAGAUUACCUCGCCAGUGUAGCUCUAUCUGCACUUAAAGUGAUCACUUAUGCAGACCAGAUUGAGGCAAAGAAAAAUAAAACUGAAUCUGAUCAUUACCGUAAACAAGGGGAGAGAGAUUACAGUAAUUGCUAUUUGCAGCGAGCUCUAAUAUACUACAAUAGAGCCUUAGCAUAUGCACCUAAUGAUUCAUUGGCACAGAAAUUAGCAUAUAGAGGCAGAUCUGCUGUUCUUCUCUCGGCUAAAUUGUAUAAGGCUAGUGAAAAGGAUUGUACCACGGCAUUGGGUGUAGAUUGUGAAACACCCAAAGAUGUUUUUGAAGAUAUAAGACAAUUGAAAUUCAAAGCUCUUAGUCAGAUGAGGACAGAUGACAUCCGUGCUGAACAUAAUCAGGAGUUGAGGAGAAGUGCAGAUGAGUUUUACCGAUUGAAAAGUCAUCAUGGUAGUAUACCCUGCGCCAGUGCCGACAUAGAUGUAGUCAUAGAGUCUGGGGUCCCCAAAGUGAUUGCAAAAAGGGAUAUUGCUCCCAGUACAUUAGUGGUACUUGAGAAGGCAUUUGUAAGUUGGGCUCCCAAGAAUCCAGACCAAUACUUCAGCUGCUAUUAUUGUCGCAAACUCGAUCUUAACUUGUUUCCAUGCAAAGGAUGUGUGGCUGCCCUGUUUUGCAGCAAGGAAUGUGAGGAAUCUUGCUUAAAAGAGUAUCAUUCUGUUGAAUGCAAAAUUAUUGGGAAGCUCCAGAAUAUUAAAAAUGAUGAAAUAUGGUUGACCCGAGUAAUCAUAAAACUUAGAAAUAUGUGUUCUUCUUGGGAAGAGUUCGUAGAUUUAUCUCGAGACUUUGGAAUGAACAGAAUGACACAAGAUACAAUAAAAGACAUAUUUGAUGGCACAAACCCCAAAUCUGUUUUUAGUUUUGAUAACAGCCGCCAUUUUGUUGAUGGUGCUGUUUUUCAAAAUAGCUUUCCAUGUGCUAUGAUUUUGAAAGAACUACUGAAUUUGCAAACAUUUUGCCCUAAGAAUGUGAGAAGCAAACUAGACUCUAUGAUGGCCACUGCCAGGAUUCUGAUGAGUCUUUCUUUGUAUAGCCAUACAACAACACUGAAUCUUAUCACUGAUGUUAGUGAUUCAGUUGGAGUUGGUGUACACACAAAUGGACAUAGAGGACUGUUUCCAUUUAUAGGAAAGAUGAAACAUAGCUGCGUGCCAAAUGUUCAGAAGGUUUGCAUAAACGAUUCAAUUGCUCUGGUGGCGACAGAAACUAUUCAGGCUGGUACUGAACUAACAGUGACACAUGUAUGUCAUUGGUUGGAAAAUACGGUGAGCAGAAUUGAGAGGAAAAGAAGCAUUUUUAUGGAAUGUCAUACAGUAUGCUCCUGCUUUGUGUGCACUGCCAGCCAAGACGAUUGGGACAAAAAAUACAGAGAGGCACAGAUAUCUGAAUGUUUGAAGAAACGUGUAGUUGACAGUUUUAAUUGCGAACUAAACAUAAUCUUUGGCAAACCUGUAAAAACAUUGUUUCAAGAAAUGUACCAACUGGUGUCUGAUUUACGCUAUGAACUAUUUUCAAAUGAGUAUGAAAUUGCUUACCAAAGGCUUGGGAGCCUUCAUGCUUAUAUGCUGAAUAAAAAGUUGAACAAUAUGGUUUUGGGUCUGGAUAUGUGAUGUUCUUUUGGUUUUAUUUUUCUACUAUUUUAAUUGUAUGUGUGUGUAUGUUCUCAAAAUAUUUGUGUGUCAUGAAUAAAAUUAUUUUAUCGUCAUUACUGUUUUUGCCUUCAUUAGUCUCUGAACGGUUCUCCGAACGCCAAUGGCAAAAUUUCCUUUUUAAACUGUUUGAGCUACUACAACUAGCUGUUGCCUGCAGAUUUGAUUCCUUGAUAGAAGAAACUAAGAAACUAGUAAGGUACUCUUAAAUGAACUGCCACUCUAGCGGGUUGCAAUGUGAUGCGACGCGACGCUGCCUUCCCGCCCAGAGUGAGUGAUUCAUAGGUAGUAAAAUUUAUAAAUAAUUUUGUAAAU